CUGGGUGUGUUAUUAUGUGGUGACGCCCUCAAGAGGUAGAAACAAGCACAUUUACUGUUCUGAAAACUUGGGCAGUCAUGGACACCUGUGUAUUUAACUAGAUGUGGACCGCAUGUAAAUCUUCAAGACUUGGAAACAUCAAUUCCGUUGCCCGGCCGGCAUCGCUGGUAUGGCAGGGCAGGGAACCAACUCGAUGGGACGGCUCUUCCGUGAGUUCUUUAACUUUGGGAGUAAGGAGCUGACUCACUGGUUCCCGUCACACAUGGCCAGAGGACUCAAGCGAAUGCGCAGUUCACUACGGAAUGUGGAUUGCAUUGUUGAAGUUCAUGAUGCCAGGAUCCCUUUUGCCGGUAGGAACCCAAUGUUUAAGGACAUCUUUGCCGUCAGGCCGCAUCUCCUGAUCCUGAACAAGAAAGAUCUGGCUGAUACCACACCACACAGAACAAGCGAAAUUCGAAACCGGUUAAAAGAAGAGGGGGUCGAAAAUAUCUUAUACACGGAGUGCCUUGGACAACGCAGCCCAAGUGUAAAAAAUGUGGUUCCCCGGGUGAUUGAACUGAUAGAAAGCAGCGAUCGUUAUCACCGUUGUGAGGAAAGGGAAUUGUCAGUGAUGGUCAUCGGUAUUCCUAACGUCGGAAAAUCUUCCCUCAUCAAUGCUAUGAGAAGGAUAUACCUUAAUAAAGGCAAAGCGACACCAGUAGGCGUAAGGCCUGGAGUGACUAGAUCUGUCAUGCACAAAAUCAAAGUAAGCGAAAGGCCAGAAAUCUGGUUGCUUGAUACGCCGGGGAUCAUGACCCCGUUUGUCAAAGACGUUGAGGUCGGCAUGAAAUUGGCACUGUGUGGAACAUUGCAAGACCACGCUGUGGGAACCGACAUCAUUGCAGACUACCUGCUGUACGUUCUCAACAGAUACAACCACAACAGAUACGUAGAAUUUUAUGAGCUGGGAGGCCCAAGCGAUGACAUCAUGGACGUAUUGACACAGAUCGCUAAGAAACUGAACAAGAUUACCCGCAUGAAAACAGCCGAAGGUUCGGUCGUCCCAAGGCCCGACAUAAACGCAGCGGCUGCGCACAUGAUUAAAUCCUUCCGAAAAGGCAACUUGGGUAAUAUCACCCUAGACUGACGACCUUAACACCAGAACAGACUACAGUGCAAUUGGACUCAGUGCGUGAACUUUUAAGACUCUCCAGUAAAUAGUUUCAAUGCCUUUCAAUAAAUUAGCCUCGGUUACUUGAAUGUUAUUUCAAGAAACUUUUAAUUAAAAAAGAAAGUCAAGAAAAACUACAAAAAGAAACACAGCCAUCUCCACAUUUGUACGAAAUCAUGGACUUUUUUAUUAGUAAAGUAUAGUUUGUAUUCAGAAUAUUAAGCACUAUGACUAUACAUAUUAAUUUAACACUUCGGGCCAUUGCUGGCAGAAACGACUUGUAAAACUUUCAUUUUUUUUUUUACACUUUUGGGGUUCUCUUGCAUUUCUUUGUUAGGACUGAUUUUAUUUUUUAAAUAACAUUUGUAAUAAUUUAAAGCAUGAAACUUCUUGCCUGAUUUAUUUUGUCAGUGAAAAGAAGACGGGUUAAAAACCCUUUCCAUUCAUAGUUUACAUCUGGGCAAUUCCGUAAAAUCCAAUUCUCUGCAUGCAUCCGACCACAUGAUGUACAAGGUCGUUAAGGUGGUGGUACCUUAGUUUGAUUAGUAACUGUUUUCUACUAAUUAGAUGUCACAUUAUUAGUGAUGUAUCACAUUCACUUUUCCAACAGCAGCUCAUUAAAGUGUCUGACAUGUACGUCCAAAUUUAUGGAAUUGCCCAUUUCAAACAAUGAAGUUAAAUAGACAAGUUGCCAGUAUACUAAAUUUAAUGCAACUAAAACAAUUUUUAUCUUCAAGUUUUUCAAUCGAUCAUUUAAAUUUCAUAUUUUUUAAUCACCUGAAUUCAAAAUAAAUUAAAUAUCUAAACUCCACAGAUGACUGGAUAUUCAUCUGAAUGAAGAUUCUUAUUUCAAAAUUGAAAAGUUCCUCAAAAUAUUCUUUUCAGUUUGAGUCUUUACAACUUUUGUGAGUAUAAUUCGAUUUGAUUUCAUAUCUGAUUUCAUUGUAAUCAUACAUUUUCAUUUGAUUUUUUUCUACAAAAUUCUCGCACUCCUGCAAACACCUAGACAAUCUAAGACUUUUCCGAGCUUUUUACCACGCACUGACCCUGGGGAAAAUAUAUACAUAUCACAAACCUUUUUAUUAGCGCAUGUGAUCUUCAUCUUUAAAUAUCACAAACAUUUUUUUUAUACAGUCAGUUUUUUUAUACACACAAAAAUAAACCACUUCUGAAAAGAUAUUUUCAGACAACCAUUGCGAAAUUACACUAUGCACAAAAUAAUUGCAUAGAAGAAUGUGUCUUCUGAGUAUCUGAUGACAGAACAUUGAUUAAAACGUUGGGCUUGCAUGCUUAUCCCCAUAAAGUACAAAAAACGUGGUUACACGAAAAGCUUGACAAACUAAUGACAUGAGCUGCUGCUUAAGAACAAAGAGCUCAACGUGAUUAGUGCGAACAGCAGUAUCGUGAAAUCUGUACAUAGAAAAUACUGCUUAAAAAACAACUUGCUUUUUGAAGAUCAACCGAGUACCAGUUGCAGGCGUUGUGAAUUACACUUCUUGGUUGGUAACCGGUUAAUGCUGAUUAAAUCUCUAUAAACAUGUACUUAGCAAAAUGCUGGUUAGCAUAUUUCAGUUCAGUUCAAACUUCCCCGGUUGAGGUCAACUGCCAAAACUGAUAGUUGCAAUUUCUCAAUUUUUUUUUUUUAAUGUUUGGUUUCCUAGAAAAGCAAGGCUGGCGUUAAUUUGUAAUUUCCUGAACGGAAACACUCUGUUCUUUUGUUUUAAAGAUAAUACAUGUAAAUGACAUUUGCAAACAUCAAAAAAGAAUAAAUAUUAAGAAAU